ACACUCCACCCCAUUUCCAGCAUCCAUACUAUAUCUUCCCUACACACACCACACCAAACGCUCAGAAAUCUACACAAUGGCAGCAGCAGCAGCAGCUACAGCCACCCUCUCCAGCGCUACCUUCAGAUCAUCCAACCUUCGCCGACAGCCAGCAUCGAGCCUCCGAGCCCUCCCGAACGUGGGUCAGGCCCUGUUCGGCAUCAAGGCAGGUCGUGGUGGGCGGAUAACCGCAAUGGCCGUCUACAAGGUGAAGUUGAUUACACCAGCGGGGCCAAUAGAAUUUGAUUGUCCGGACGAUGUUUAUAUCGUGGACCAGGCAGAGGAGAACGGUAUUGAUCUUCCGUACUCAUGCCGUGCGGGCUCUUGCUCGUCUUGUGCUGGGAAGAUCCUUGAAGGGGAGGUUGACCAAUCGGCUGGUAACUUCCUUGACGAUGAACAGGUAGACCAGAAUUUCGUUCUCACAUGCAUCGCUUACCCGCAAUCUGAUGUGGUGAUUGAGACCCACAAGGAAGAGGAAGUGAGUUCUUGAAUUCAUCAGUUUUAGGUGGGACUUGGUAGGGAUAUGAU